AUGCCCUCGACCCCGACGUCACGGCCUAAGCAGGACAAAAGACGGGCCGCCAACCUCUUGCGCGACUACUAUGGUCUCUCUUCGGAUGCGACCCAGACACCCGAGUCCCCGGCUGCUCCGACAGAGGCAAAAAUCGACAUACAAUCGCUACUACGCUCCAGCAGCCUGAGUGUGCUGCUCGGCAAGGAGUCCGAGCUCAUUGUCCAGAUCCGCGAGCUAGAUGGAGAGCGCCAAAGCCUGGUCUACAACCAUCAUCAUGAACUCGUAGCAGCAAGCGACACCAUUCGCAACAUGAAGGUCAAGUCAGAGUCUCUCGAUCCGUCGCUCGACUCGCUCAAGGCAUCAUUCGAGACCAUGUCGACACUAGCUUCGAACCUUGAAGUACUGCGACGCCCUGCCACGGAGCAUUCACCAGCUGCCGAGCUGUCAAAAGCGGACAGCGUCGACCCUCUACACGAUCUCGAGCCCAUAGUCACGCUUCCUACGACCCUCUCGGAUUUGAUCGAAUGCCGUCACGAUGCGGCAGAAGGAGCACCGCGUGACGAACCAGAGGCAAAAAGGGCAGGACUGGCGCAAGCAGAGCACUUGUGGGGCACGAUGGAACCUGUACUGGCGGCCUGGACGGACGCCGGCGUAGCUGGAGUCCGCGAGAUCGCAGCCGAAUGCCGAACCUUGCUCAAGGAUGGGCGCAAAGCGAUAGGCACGCCAACUGCCGUUCGGACAACGUGA